AUGAGGGACCCCGUGAGCAGCCAGUACAGCUCCUUUCUUUUCUGGAGGAUGCCCAUUCCCGAACUGGAUCUGUCGGAGCUGGAAAGCCUGGGUCUAUCAGAUACAUCCAUCUACAAGGUCAAGGACAGCAGCGUUGGCAAAAUGACCGGGCAAGCGGCCGGAACAGAGCCGGAGAAACACCCUGAAGGCGAUGCCCUCCUUCAGUACAGCACCUUCAACUUCUGGAGGGCCCCCAUCGCCAGCAUCCACUCCUUCGAACUGGACUCGCUCUGA